AUGUCUGAAAGUAUUGAUUACGAUUAUGAAAAUGAAGAGUUGAUUGAUAUUAAUUUGAAAUGCUCAAUAUGUAAUGGAGCACUGAUGGAUCCUGUAGUAACUGGCUGUCAUCAUUCAUUUUGUCAUUUAUGCUUGCAAAAAUGGGUACAAACUGGUAAAUCAACUUGUCCUACUUGUCGUAAAAUGGUAGCAACGAAAGAUUUAACCCCAGUUACUCUGUUGAAUUUUAUUUCAAUGCUAGAUCAAAUUCUUGUUAAAUGUAAAUUAUGUCAACAAUCAAACAUACAACGAGGUAAUUUUCAAGAUCACAUUGAUAAGGUAUGUACAAAAAGAAUUGUCAUUUGCAAAGCCAAUGUUAAUGGUUGUUCAUGGGCUGGACCACGUGAGCAGUUGCAAAACCAUUUUGAUACAUGUUUAUAUCUUCAAACUAAAAGUCAGCAAGAGAACAAGUCAAAAAUUACUCAUAAUCAACAAAAUAUAUUUCAGCAUGAAAAUAUUAACGGUAAUAUAACUCUUUCACAGAGAAACCCGCCAUCACAAAUUAUUCAAAGGCACACUAUUGGAGAUAGAAUUCGAAAUCGAAUUAUCAAUGAAGGAUGUAUUAAUCUCCAUUUAUUCGAUGAGCACAUUGCUCCACAUGAUAUGCUACGUAUGGUCUCAGCAUUUCCUAACAAUACAUCAUUGAAAACUCUAGAACUUGUACAAUGUUCUAUAAAUGAUAUUAGUGUUAUGUUUCUCGCUACGUCUCUUGCUAUGCAUACUCAUCUUCAAUAUUUAGACCUUUAUGGAAAUUUGAUUAACGAUGAAGGUGUUAAAUAUUUAUCCAACAUGCUUCAAUUGAAUCGAUCUUUAUCUGUAUUGAAAUUAGGAAUGAAUCACAUAACUAACGAAGGAUUGGCAAUGUUAGCUAAUACAGUAACAGUUCUUGCAUUUACUCAGUUUUCUAUAUAA